CGGGCAGGGUGAGCCGCUGCGCCCGCCUCUGGCAGGCGCCUGAGCGCGGUCCGCCGGGGCAGGCCGCGGAGCAGCCCCCGCCGCGGGGCCCGUCAGGCGGCGGAGCCCGGCUGGAGAGCGGGGGCAUGGCGGCGCGGAGCCAGGCCUCCCUGCGGCGCCGGCUGCAGAGCUCGCAGGAGGCGCAGCACCGGCAAGCGGUGCUGGUGCGGAAGCUGCAGGCGAAGGUACUGCAGUACCGGACUCGGUGUCGAGAGUUGGAGCAGCAGCUGGCAGCAGGAGGGGGACCCCUUCCAGGCAGGUGGGAAGCCACAGAAGACCAGAGCCUGGAGAAAGCACUGCUUCAGGUGGAAGAGGAGCAGCAAAGGUGUGAGAAUCUGGCAGAAGUGAACGCUCUCCUGCAGGAGCACCUCGAUGAAGCGAAUGAGGUUAAUUCAGCCCUUAAAGAAGAUGUUGGAAAACUGACGGCGGAUUGGAUGAGGGCCCGGGAGGAGCUGGAAUUGAAGGAGAGUGAGUGGCGCAGCGAACGUGAGCUUUAUGACAGCUACCUAAGGGGUGAACGCAGCCGUCUACUCAGCCUGUGGCGUCAGGUGGUAACCUUCCGCUGUCAUUUCCUGGAAAUGAAGACUGCCACUGACCGAGAUUUGUCAGAGCUGAAGGCAGAGCAAAUGAGGCUUUCUGGAUCUAUACUUGUAAACUGCUCCCACCUAAACUGUGGCGUACGGCCCUGGGAAUCCGUUACGCUGGGUAGACCUGUCCUCAAGGAUCAGGCACAGCAGCAAGCGGAACAGGAAAUAAGCCAGAAGACUUGGGCAGUGAUGCACUUACAAGUCGAAGGGGACCCGGAGAAGAAGGAGCUUCAGGACAGACCGAAGGACUUAGCUGCACUUGAAGGAGAACAUUCAUUAUUACAGAGCGAGUUGGUGGUCGCAAGAGAGAUGCUGGAGGAAUCGCACCUUCAGAGGGAUCUGCUGAAGCAAGAGAAACAGGAGCUUACCGUGGCACUGGAGAAGGCAGAGCAGUCGGUAGCGGAGUUGACAGGGGCUCAGAAUAAGCUGAGUGCUGAAAUAGCCGAUCUACACGUUGCAGCAGCGAACAUGAGCAGUAUCAAUGAAGCUCUUGCCUUGGAUAAAGUGCAGCUGAACAAACUUGUGUUGCAGCUGGAGCAAGAGCUUGACGUUCUGUCGGGUAAAGUGGACGAGAUGGAGAGAGCAAAGAUCUCUGACCAGGAGAAGCUGAACUUGUGGGAGAGAACAAAUGAGGCGCUGAGCGCAGAGAAAGCCCACCUGGAGCAGCUGCUGAAGGAAGCAGAGGAGCAACAGGAGGGGCUGCAGGUAGAGCUGAGGAUGCUGGCAGAGGAGAAGGCAGAAACCCAAGAGAAACUCAAUCAGGUUCACCGCCAGCAAGAGUCAGCUAGCAGUGGUCUGGAGCAGUUGCGGCAGGAGUCCUCUCGCCAAGGGCAGGCACUGGCCAACGUAUCCAAAGAGAAGGAAUUGCUGGUGCACGAGAAGGCUGCCCUAGAGGUGCGACUGGCAGCCACGGAGCAGGAGAGACGAGGCCUUGCAGAGCAGCUGGCAGAGGCCAGGUCAGGGAAGGAGACCCUGGAAUCCAGCCUGCUUGAGGCUCAGCAGCGCUUAUGUCAGCUGGAGAUCGCCAGGAGUCAGCUUGAAAUCCAACUUCACACGGUCAGGCAGGCCAAGGAGGUGAUACAAGGGGAAGUGAAGUGCCUUCAAUGUGAGCUGGAAGCAGAGAGAUCUCUCCUGAAGCAGGAACGGGCAAACAUGGCGCAACAGCUCUUGCGGACAGAAGAGCAGUAUAACGAUACCCUCAGACUUCGGGAAACUGAUCACGAAGUGGAAAUAAACAAGCUCCUGCAAGACCUGGCAAGCGAGCGGGAAGGGCACCAUUCAGAGCUACAGGAGAUGCUGGAGCAGUGGGAAAAGGAGAAGGCGGAGACAGAAAGGGAGCACGAGAAGAAGCUGUUUGAUAUGAAGCAGAGAGUUGCUACCAUGCAAGCUCAACAAGAGGAGGAACGGACGAGAGUGGAGAAUGCCAAGCAAGAGCAGGAACGGGCCAGACUGCGAGCAGUUAAAGAAGAACUGGUACGGGAGAUAAAACUUCUUCAGGAAUCAGUCACAGGCUCCGAAACCCGAGCAAAUGCAGCAACAGAUAGGAAUCGCUGCCUUGAACAAGAACUUCAAACUACAUUGUCUAUCUUAAAAAUCAAAAAUGAGGAAGUGGAAACGCAGCGGGAGAAAAUCCAGAUGCUCCAAAAAGAGGCAGCACAGGGAAAAGCUUUGCAGGAGAGUCUCACUCAUAUGACUGCCAUCCUGUCAGAGAGGGAGGGAGAAAUGAAGUUGUACCAGCAACAGAUGAGAAUGCUGGAAAACCAGAAAGAAACGCAUGAAACUACUCUCAGUGAGGUUAUCAAGGACAUAACAGAGAAAAAACAGAAGGUUGAAUCCCAGCAAGAACAGAUACAGGAGCUGGAGAAGCAGCAAGAAAUGCUGAGGACUGCUGUCAGCAAGAUGAGCAAAGAGCUGGAGGAGAGAGACCGGGAGGUGGGAUCCCAGCAAGAACAGAUACGGGAGCUGGAGAAGCAGCGAGAAAUGCAGAGGACUGCUGUCAGCAAGAUGAGCAAAGAGCUGGAGGAGAGAGACCGGGAGAUCCAAUUCCAGGAAGGGAAAAUAAUGAUUCUAGAACGACACGGUGCAUCACAAGUGAGAAAUCUGCAGGUGGAUCUUGAUCAUAUGAAAGGGAACUUGAAGGAGAAGAACUUGGAGCUUCUGUCUCUGACUCAGCAGAUCCAAGCACUGGAAAUGGAGAGAGAACAGGUGAAAUCUCUGCACGCGAGCCUUGGAGACCUGAGGGCAGUUCUUAAGGACAGAGAGCGCGAGUGUGAUUCUCAAAGGGAUCAGUUAAGACUCUUGCAGCAGUACAAGGAACAGCAAGAGGGCUACCUGCAGGAGCUUCGUGGGACACUAGAAAAGAUGACCCUCUCUUUAUCUGAAAAGGAUCAAGAGCUUGAGUCGCAACAAAAGCAAAUCCGGGAAGCUGAAGAAGUCAUGGAAAUGCAGUUAAGGACUGUCCGUGACCAACUGGAGCAGACCUUAGGAACCUUAAAAGAAAAGGACAGACUCCUAGACAUCCAAAAGCAACAAGCAAGGAGCUCUGCGGAAAAAACAGAAGAACAGAUGAAUGUCUUGCACAGAGACUUAGAAUACACAACAGCAAUACUGAAAGAAAAGGAUUUAAUGAUUGAAUCUCAGAAGGAACUGAUUGAGACCUUCCAAAAACAAGAGCAAGACUCUGAACAGCAGAAGGAAAUUCUGCAGCAGCUUCAAGUGGCACUAAAGGAAAAAGAACAAGAAAUGUUAUCCCUUAGAAAGCAAUGUGAGGCGUGGAAGGAAAAGGAGGAAAAGCGUGAAGCUGAGCAAACAAAUCUCCAAGCAACAAAACUGACUCUGAAAGAAAGAGAGGAAAAGAUAGAGGUUCUGGAGGAGGCUAUCUCUAAGCUUCAACAGCAAAAGGAGGAGGCAGCGAUGCAGACCAAAGCUAUACUGCAAAAACUAGAAUACGCUGAAUCUUCUCUAGAAGCGAGAGAUCAAGAGAUAGUGUCUUUGCAAGAGCACGUCCAGGAGCUUCGAGAGCAGAAGGAGUUAGAAGGCAAGCAGGCCAAGAGUCUAGAGCAGGAUCUAGACAAAAUGAGCCAAAUCUUGAAGGAGAACCAUUUGGAGUUCCUCAGGCAGACGGAGCAAAUGAACAUGUUCCGGCUUCGUGAAGAAAGCACGAAAGUAGCGCUAACAUCAUGCCAGCAGCAAGUGGAUCUGCUUGAGCACGCGGUGAGGAAGAGAGAAGAAGACAAUGAAACUCUCAUGCAAAAACUCCAGCGCCAAGAAGAAGAACUGAAGACCUUGCAGAAUCUCCAGCUUAGGCUAACCAAGAAGAAUGAAGAGGUUAGGCAUCGCAGAGAGCAAGAGAAGCUCCUGGAAGAAGCCUUGCACGAGAUGGAACGAGAGACCAAGGCCGAAGGUGAACUAGAAGAGUUAGAAGAGGAAGUAAGAGCUCUUCGGGAAGAUCUCCAGCAUGUUCAGCCGACUCUGACAAAGAAGGACGAAGAGAUCAAGAACCACAGAGACAGAGUCGGGUACUUAGAGAAGACUCUGGCGGAGAGAGAACAAGAGCUUAGGAGGCAGAGUGAACUCUUGAAGCAAUUAACAUCAGCUUUGCGAUGGAAGGAUGGCGGGGAGACCCUACAGAGACGAAUCCAGAAACUCCAGAAAUGGGAGGAAGAGGAAGCAGAGAAGAGGCGAGUUCUCCAGGAGAGAGACCGUUCCUUGCAAAGACAGAAGGAGCUAACCCAACAACUGGCGGAUGAGCGGAAAGCCAAGGGGGAAGAAUUGGAGCGCACGAUUGCUAUUUUGAAGCAGACCGAGAGCAGAGAAGUCAAAUGGAGAGAGAAGGCACAAGCACUGACUCUUGCCCUUACCAAGAGUGAAAUGGCCAACGGGACUCUGAGGGAAGAAAUAGCCAUCCUGCAGAGUACGGUUUCGGAGAGGGACACGGACCGGUUUCAUCAUCAGCAGGCUAUUGCAGAAGGGGAGCAGCUAUCAUGGCUCUCGGAGAAGAGACUCCUGUCACAGCAGCUGGAAUGUCUGCAGCGAGCAGUUGCAAGGCUGGAACUGGAGAAGGCAGAGCUGAAGCAACUCAAUGCUGAGCUCAGGAGGACUCUCGAGCAGGUGGAACGUGAACGGAGGAGACUGAAGAGAUAUCACAGUGGUCGGUCGCUGCCAGAUGCGUGCGGAUUUUCGCUCUCUGACCAGCACAAGAUGGCUGCUUCUAGACAGGAGGAGUCUCACGCUCGCUGCAGUCGUCGAUUAGCUGAGUUGCAGAACCAGGUGUCCCUUCUGCAGACGCAGCUGGCACAAGAACGAAAAUACAAGCAGGACUAUAUUGAGUGCUGUGCCAAGACCAGCCAGGAGCUGUCAGACCUUCACCAAGAGCUGUCUCGCUCCUUAGCAGCUGUGGUCAGGGAGCCCAAAGCUGCUGUUCUGGAAGCAGAGACUCGGAAGCUGGGUCAGCCUCUCUGAACCUUCUUUUCCUGUAGAGGAGCAGCUGCAGCAUCACGGCGUUCCGGUCUUGUGCCCUUCCCGGAAAUGUAUUAUGUUUUGCUGUGGGGAAUGGGGGUACAUCUGUUCUGUUUGCGUCCGGAAGCAUUUCCUAGCGACAGCGAUUUUAAAAUUUUUUUUUUUUAAUAAAAGAGAUUUUGCGGGACUGCACUUUUUCAA